UUGCUUAGCGUAACCGUAACCUUUAUUUAUUUAUAGACUUACCACUUUCUAACUCUUUGCUUCAUUCAUACUCCUCUUGUCAUGGAUCAUCGGACUUUAUUUCUCUUCCUUAUUUUCAUCCUCUUCUCCGUCACGGUGUUCUCAUCGGAGACCGUCGAAGAAGAUCCGUUAAUCCGUCAGGUGGUCGACGACGGAGGAGUUAGGUUGGGAGCAGAGCAUCACUUUAUUGAAUUCAAGCAUAGGUUCGGGAAGGUCUAUUCUACCAAGGAUGAGCACGAUUACAGAUUCAAUGUCUUUAAGGCUAACAUGCGCCGUGCUAAGAGGCACCAGUUAAUGGACCCUUCGGCUGUUCAUGGUGUUACUCGGUUCUCUGAUCUGACUCCGCGUGAGUUUCGGAAUAGCGUUUUGGGAUUGCGUGGGUUGAGGUUGCCUUCUGAUGCAAAUACUGCUCCUAUUCUUCCUACUGAUAAUCUUCCUGCUGAUUUUGAUUGGAGAGACCGUGGAGCGGUUACCUCUGUUAAGAAUCAGGGUUCUUGUGGGUCGUGUUGGAGCUUCAGCACAACUGGGGCACUUGAAGGUGCUCACUUCCUCUCUACCGGAGAACUCGUGAGCCUUAGCGAGCAGCAGCUAGUCGAUUGUGAUCAUGAGUGUGAUCCAGAUGAGCCGGGUUCUUGCGACUCCGGAUGCAACGGUGGAUUGAUGAAUAGUGCUUUUGAGUACAUUUUAAAAUCUGGUGGGGUCAUGCGAGAGGAAGACUAUCCUUAUUCUGGUACUGACCGCGGAACAUGCAAGUUUGACAAGGAAAAGAUUGCUGCAUCAGUGGCAAAUUUCAGUGUUGUUUCACUCGAUGAAAACCAGAUUGCUGCCAAUCUUGUCAAAAAUGGCCCUCUUGCAGUGGCCAUAAAUGCAGUAUAUAUGCAGACAUAUGUGGGUGGAGUAUCAUGCCCAUACAUAUGUUCAAGGCGUCUGGACCAUGGAGUGUUACUGGUAGGAUAUGGUUCUGGAGCCUAUGCACCUAUUCGAAUGAAGGAGAAGCCAUAUUGGAUUAUUAAAAAUUCAUGGGGAGAGAAUUGGGGAGAAAAUGGAUUCUACAAGAUUUGCAGGGGACGAAAUAUCUGUGGAGUGGACUCUAUGGUUUCUACUGUGGCUGCUGUUCAUACCACUACUCAGUAGUGUGUAUACCCAAUGUCUGUAUAAAAUAUUAUCUGCUGUUUCUUUUUUAUCAGCGAAAAAAACAUGAAUCGUUGCCAAUAUUCUUGUAUUAAAGCUUUGCUGGAGCAUAUUAGUUACGUAAUUUGUAAACAAUUUCUGGGACCUUAUUUAUAUGAACAAACAAGAAUUGCUCUUCGUCGCAAAA